AUGAAGGUGACCUCUGCCGCCGCCGCCGUCGGAAUCCUCUCCGGACUCGCCAAGGCCCAGAACCCCCCUUGGCGCGCCGGCAGCUGGGUGAGCCCCCCGGCUCCCCGGAGCACCGCGGGCGACAACAUUUUCAUACCGCCCGUGCAUGACUGGCCGAGUCCUCCGGGUGACCCUACGGUGAUCCCCCCAGACCGCAACACUUGGACCAGGGUCCCGACCGAGGUUGUUACAACUAUCCAGCCUAUCAUGACGUCCAGUCCGCGUGUCGUCACGUCGUCUCCACGCAUCACAACGCCGUCCUCGCGUGUUAUCACGUCGUCUCAACGCAUCGUAUCGUCUUCUUCCCGUAUCAGCACAUCGUCCCAGCGCAUCGUGACGUCUUCCUCGCGAAUGACCACGCCGACCCAGCGCGGAACCGUUACCGUCACUCAGAGGACGACUCUACCUUGCAGCACUUCCACUCAGCCGAAAACUACUCCGUGCCCUACGUCCACUAGGCCUCAGACCACGCCUUGCCCUACAUCUACCAGACGCUCAACUACGCAGAGGCCUGCUACGACUCCUUGUGGCUCCUCUUCGAGAAUCACCUCGACCAGGCGUAACAACAGCACUGCUCCCUGCCCGACGCUGAGCACCCGCCUUCGUACCAGCACCCAGACUUACAUUAGACCCCCAGUUACUACAAGGUGCCCAGGUACUGCAGCAAUUACUCGGUCCCGAUCCGUUUCUGUCUCCUCACGGAGGCCUGCUUCGGUCCCGCCUUCUGUCUCUCCGUGCGCCACCGUCACCAGGAACCGCUUCCAGAACACCACCGUUACCAGAGCUAGCCCGUCUACUGCUCCAGCCCAGCCUCCCGUGCAGCCCCCGGUGCAAUCCUCCGCUAGAACCGCCGCACAGCCUCCGGCUCAAUCUUCUGCUCGCUCCCCCGCGCAGCCCCCGGCUCAGUCUUCUGCUCGCUCCCCCGCGCAGCCCCCGGUCCAGUCUUCUGCCCCGUCCGCUGCCCGACCUCCUGCUCAAUCUUCAGCUCAACCUCCGGUUCAGCCUCCAACACAGCCAUCUUCCCGGCCGCCCAGCACACCAAGCAGGGUUACCACAGCAGCUGGCAACAAUCUUCAGGCGCCGUUCACCCUGGCGGCCGGCUUUGUCAUGGCGUUCGCCUUCUUUUAA